GAUUAGCUACCCGGGAGGAGCCAAGGAACUAGACGUUAACGGCUCUGCGGGACUUUUAAACAGCGAUUCGGGACUGUGAACUGUGUUCACUAAAUCGGGACUGUUAGGCGCUCUGCAGGUUGGCUGGGCAUGCUGGGAGCUGUAGUAGAACGAGCUGUCGUUCUCUGUGUCCGUAGUUUCUUCAGCUUCGUCCUUGGGACUGAAUCACUCAGCGAGAACCUGUGGCUGUAACUCGAUUCCACCUGGAGCCUAGUGUGGCUUUCCUAAAUUCUGAAACCAGGAGCACUGUAAAACCAAGGCACCCCCCCCCCAAGUCAGCAUUAGGAUCUCAGCGAGUCUCUGCCUCUUCUCUGCCACAGUCCCUAACAGAGCAGCAGCCCAAUGGAGCCGGGAAUGGCACGAGAAGCGGAAACUUUGUGCAGUUUAAACACAUCUUAAUAAAUGAAGAAUACAAAAUACCAGCUGCUCACAUCUUCAGUCUUUCCUUCCUUGUAACCACUGCUACAUCCAGCAGCACUUCUGGGGGUCCUUCCAGCUCUUUCUGUAUUUCCUAUUAAUCCUCUCUUGAGAAUGCAAUUCGAUGGAGGGGACUGAAGUGUUGUUAAGUAUGCGCGAAGACCCUAGUCUUCAUGUCCGUUACAGAAUGGAGGCAUCAUGUCUGGAGCUGGCCUUGGAAGGAGAGCGUUUGUGUAAGACCGGGGACUGCAGAGCUGGGGUGUCUUUUUUUGAGGCAGCGGUGCAAGUAGGAACUGAAGAUCUGAAGACUCUGAGCGCCAUAUACAGCCAGCUGGGCAAUGCCUAUUUUUAUUUACACGAAUACAACAAAGCUUUGGAAUACCAUCACCAUGACCUGACUUUAGCAAGGACCAUCGGAGACAGACUCGGUGAAGCCAAAGCCAGUGGAAACCUUGGCAACACCCUAAAGGUUCUGGGUAAUUUCGAAGAAGCCGUUAUAUAUUGUGAGCGUCACUUGGAAAUCUCACGUGAGCUGUAUGAUAAGGUUGGGGAGGCCAGAGCACUGUACAACCUGGGCAAUGUGUACCAUUCACAGGGCAAGAGUCUGGCCUGCACAGCAACACAAGACCCAGGAGAAUUCCCAGAGGAGGUGAAGGCAGCUCUGCAGAGGGCAGUGGAUUAUUAUGAGGCCAAUUUAUUGAUUGUAACAGAUCUGGGAGACCGAGCAGCCCAGGGCCGUGCUUAUGGAAACUUGGGGAACACUCACUAUUUGCUUGGGAACUUCCGAAAGGCAGUCUCUUCUCAUGAGCAGCGACUUCUAAUUGCCAGAGAAUUUGGGGACAGAUCCGCUGAAAGAAGAGCAUACAGCAACCUGGGCAAUGCGUUUAUCUUCCUAGGAGAGUUUGAGAUGGCAGCAGAAUAUUACAAAAAGACACUACAGCUGGCACGGCAACUGAAGGACAGAGCAGUAGAGGCACAGAGCUGUUACAGUCUGGGAAACACUUACACUCUCCUGCAGGACUACGAGAAAGCCAUUGAGUAUCAUUUAAAGCAUCUUGCUAUUGCACAGGAACUGCGGGACAGGGUGGGAGAAGGACGGGCCUGCUGGAGCCUGGGAAAUGCAUACACUGCCUUAGGAAACCAUGAAGAAGCUGUACAUUUUGCAGAGAAGCACUUAGACAUUUCAAGAGAGCUUGGAGAUCGUAAUGGAGAAUUUACCGCACAGUUGAACCUUUCUGACCUACAGAUGGUGCUGGGACUAAGCUAUAGCACCAAUGCCUCAGUACUGUCAGAAAUCCAGGAUACAGACACAAGUAAAAAUGGCGCACGACCCAGGUUAAGCAGACGUCACAGUAUGGAAAACCUUGAACUUGUUAAGAUAACACCUGAGAAGGUGCAAAACUGGAAUAGUGAAAUACUUGCCAAGCAGAAAGCCCUCCUGUCAAAGCCCUCUGCCAAGCUCAUGUUUGUAAACAGACUAAAAGGCAAGAAGCUGAAGAACAGUUCAUCUACCAAAGUCUUACAGGACACCAGCAACUCCACCGAUGCCUACAGAAAGCUGAGCAACUCACAGCAGCGUAAAACCACAAGCACAGAUGGUAUAGCAGAAGAAGGGUUCUUUGAUCUUUUGAGCAGAUUUCAGAGCAACCGGAUGGAUGACCAGAGAUGUAGCUUACAAGAUGGGAAGAGACUAAAUGGUCCUCCUGCCAUUCCUUCCACGACACCAAAAACUAUGAAGAAGUCAGUGUCUGCCUGUGCCAUGUCGCCUCACACUGAUGAGUUCCUGGACCUGAUUGCCAGUUCUCAGAGCCGCAGGCUUGAUGAUCAGAGGGCCAGUCUCGGCAAUCUCCCUGGACUGCGAAUUAACCAGCAGCAAAGCCACUCCGUUCUAGGACACUUAAUGGCUAAUGAGAACCGGGAGCCUGAUGAAGACUUUUUUGACAUGCUGGUAAAAUGUCAGGGCUCCCGACUGGAUGAUCAGCGUUGUGCUCCCCCUCCACCUCCCAAGAAGGGCCCGACAGUCCCCGAUGAAGACUUUUUCAGCCUUAUCCUGCGUUCCCAGGCUAAACGUAUGGAUGAACAGAGAGUCACUCUCUUAAAGAGACCAAACUCUAAUUAGGGUAGACCAGCCAAACCCACCUGUCUGAAUGUCCAGUAACUCUGCCUUUACUUUAUUUUUUUUUUAGACUUAAAAUUUUAGAGGUAUUUCAUAGUACUUGAAAUAUUAACUGGGUACUGAACAGUACUUAUGCUUACUCACAACCAACAAUGCUAAGCUGUGGAGGCAUAUCCAGCAGGGCAAACGUUUUUAACUCCAAUGCUCCAGGAAGGAUUGCUCUGAAGAACUCUUCCUCCUCUCUCCAGAAACCACUGCCACUUUGCUGAUCUACAGAAAGGGAAAUAAUGGGGACCUUUUACAAGCAGCCCCUUGUAAAAGUAUUGCUUGGACCAAGGGACAGAGUAUCACAGCAGCAGAGUAAAGACAAAAAAUAGCAAUGUACAACUCUGCUUUAAA